CUCACAAUUACAUUUAUUAAUAAUUGAAAAUGAAGAACGGAGAUGUUUAAUGGUACAAAGACUCUUGGAGGAUCCUGAAGAUGUUAAAUUUUUAUGACAAAUUACAAACUGCUGUGCAACAUGAUAUUACAGUUAGCACAGGAACGGCAACAAGCAUCACAGAGACCAACAAUGCAUCUCUGCUAUACGGGAGCGCGCGCUCUUCCGGCAGACACGCACUCAGGACCCAUAUAAGGAAAUUCCGCUCCAUCUAACGUCACACAGAGCCAUACUCGAAAAAAACUUUCCGAAACUUGUGACAAACCGGAAGGAGUAUUUUGGGAACAGAAAUACUCCUUCAAACCUACAACUUAAUUUUUGAAACUUUGUCCAUGUUUAGCAUGGGAAUCCAACUCUUUAACAGUGUAAAAAACUCAGUAUGCAUGAAAUAGAGUUUCACAAUUUGAGUUGAAUUACUGAAAUAUAUGAACUUUUCCACAACAUUCUAAUUUAUUGAGAUGCACCUGUAUUGUGAAUUGUAUCUUGGCCGAGUGACCCAGAUAACUGGAAAGAAGAUGAAUCCUUCAGGAGAAAACUGUGCUAGUCUGGGAAUUUUUUUAUUAUUAUUAUUAUUAUUAAUAGUUUGACAAUUCUUGCAAAAUGCAGAAAAUGUUCAUACAUGAAAAAAGUACAUUCACCCUAAUUGAUGAUAACUAAAAGAAGAAACACCGUAAAUACACUUAGAUUGACGUUCAUCGUAUUCAUGCUUUUUCAAUAGUGAGCCUUCAUUCAGGAUCUUUAACAGAUCAGUGCUUAAACAAUAAAAGAAAGCCUUAAAUCUUUUAAUUUUUAAUCUGCAGUUUUUAUUGUCCGAAACCUUUCUUUUAUUUAGAUUAGUCCCCUUUGGUCACAUUCUACUCUUAAAAAAGUAAAAAAGCAUGCAGCCCAUAUAACGCUAGGGUCUACAAGAUUGUCGCUGAAUUCCAGUGACAAUUUCUUUUAAACCACUGCAACCAUGUCCUCUGUGUCUGAUACAAACUGUCUUUUCACGCUCACUCUUGGCACUCUUAUUUCAGAUGCUUUUCUCUUUGAAAUGACCUUACUUCCCUAAAAUUUUACAGGGGAAAUAGAGUUAUACAGUUUUCAUAUUGUAUAGUUUUCAUUUUCAUUGUGAAACCUCAGAAAAUGAUAGGCCUAACAAGAAGCAAUAGGAUUAUUAAUUUGUGAUAUACUAAAGGUGCUGAUUACAUAAAGAUGAAUGGCACAUUUUAUAAACUUCGGAAUCAAAAAUCAAAGCCAGAUAAAUGCAGUAUGUAAUUAUCUGACUGAAAUGUUUUUGUGCAGUCUGAGGUGCAAAAACAAAAUAGAAAACUGCUUUAAUAGAAGAGACAAUCCCAAUGCAAUAAAUAAGGCAAGUGCACAUAGCAAAUAAAUAAGGCAAUGGGUAUUUUUAAGGCAUAGUUGUCAUUAGACUUCUUUCAUUUCAGCUUUUGGAAAUGUUUUCAUAUUUAGCCUAGUUUUAUUUAUUUGCUGCUCCACUGUCUGCCAAUGAUUGUUUCCUGUGCUACACUGAUGUCUGUUUAAAUAGUCUGUUGGACUUCCUUAACAGUCAGUCACUCAGACAUCUGCCAGUUUAAUGAAAUGGAUGUAAUCUAUUCAAAUUCUGAACUCGUAGGUUCAACAACUGCUUCAAUUAACAAAUGCUCCCAGUACAAAGGCCAGGAGACCCUCAAGAAAGAAGUGACUGUUCAUAAACGGAUUAAAGUUCUUCUGAUAGUUCUCAGUGUCUGUCUGGUCUUUGCUUUCGGAGGAGUUUGUACUCUGGCGAUACUUCUUACACAUGCUACACAUGUUGCUUUUUAUAAUCCAAACUUCAAUAUGUCUGUGUCUGAUCAGGACCACAAUGCCACAGAUUACAAAGCACAGUUUGAUGCGCUUCAUAACCAGCAUGAGGAGACGCUUAGAAAGCUGAACAGAUUAAAUUACAGUACGGGUUGUGCUCUUUGUGCCGUCCACUGGGUUCAUUCUGGAGGAAAGUGUUACUACUUCUCUACAGUCAACAUGAACUGGACACAGAGUCGAGAUCACUGUGUGACUUUAGGAGGACAUCUAGUGAUCAUAAACAGCAAAUCAGAACAGGAUUUUGUUACUUCUAACGUUAAAGUAUCCCAUUGGAUUGGUCUCAAUGAUUUGGACACUGAGGGUCACUGGGUUUGGGUGAACAACCAGCCAGUUAAUGAUUCAGUAGAAUUCUGGAUUAAACGAGAGAACGGAAUCAGAGAGCCUGAUAACUGGACUAAACACCAUCCGGAUGGUGAGGACUGCGCUGGUCUGGGACGUUCUAUCAGAGACACAGAUUUCUGGUCGGAUGCUUACUGUUUUCUAGAGAAAAGAUUUGUGUGUGAAGCUCCUGCAGCAGUUUAGUUCACCGCUCCCGAAUAGAUUUUGGCCAAUUGCUCAUUACUACUUUUUAAUGAAACAUCUGUAAGCUUCGCAUGAAAUGUAAAGCAGUUUCUGCUUUUAACACACACACAUAUAUAUUGUUUUUUCGAGUUGAAUGCCACCACAAAGUCGUAAUCACAAAUAAGGAACUUUCUUUGGGCCCAGGGCUUCCAGGUUGUGGGCAUGUUUGUGAAAAAAUAUGGCAUCUGUAUUAUUGGUA